AUGGUACUUAAGAUUAUCCAACUAACAACAUAUGUGUUUAUAAAAUAUGUUUUAUAUAAUAUACAUAAUUUAUUUAAAUCCGUUUUGAAAUAAAUGAGAGUUGCUGCUGUUUUGAUAGUUUGUUUAGUUUUGUGUUAGAGUAUUCCAGUACAUAAGAAAUUUUUGUAACUCGACGGGUACUUAAUAUUUAAAUUGUAGUCAAGAGAGUGAUGUUGAAUAUACAUCAGAGAAUUUAUAGGUUGUUGAGGAAAAGAGCCAAAGUCAGGAUGUUCAGAUUUUGGCAGCUUAAGAGAGUGAUUUGAUGAUUAAUUAAUUAGAUCCAUCUGAGAAAUCAGAUGUACAAUAAUCUUUGGAUGAUGAAACACCAUUGAAUACUGCAUAUGUAUUAAUUUUGAAUAUAAUUAAAGUUUGAAGAUGAAGAAAAUAAUAAUGAAAUUAUUGAGGAUGCUAGUUAAAAUAUCGUAGAAGAUUUGAAAUUGAUUGGCUAAUCGGAAAAUAAUAAUAUUAUUGAUGAAAAUCAUCAAGUGAUAGAUACUUAAUAAAACAUUAAUGAUGAAAAUGAGAAUUAUGUCUCAGACACCAUGAAUGUCAAUGAUGAAAUCCAACAGGAACUUUCUGAUCAAUAAAAUGGUCAAGAAACAAUCAAUAAUGAAGAUAAUUAUUAUGAUGAUUCUAUUGAAAAUAAUGAUACAUUACAAGUAAGUGAUACUUCCUCUUAAUAAUAAUUGAUUGCUUAAACAAAUGAUGUCCCAGAUCUCACUAAUAUGGACUAAGAUUAAAUUACGCAAUAAUUUACCAAACCUGAAUAUGAAGUGUAGCCAAAUCAAAUUGAAUAGGCUAAUCAAUAAGACAAAACUAUCAUCGUUGAUAACUAAUUAGAAAAGGAUGAAAGCCAACCAGAAGCUCAAAUUAUAGUUGUCUAAGAUCAAACUUAAAUGCAAUCAGAUAAUUCAGGCCCAAAAUAAGUCAACAUCCAAUAAGAAAUGACCUCUGAGGAUCCAAACAAUAUAAGUGAGAUUAAUGAGGAGUAAUAUUUUUAAGCUACAUUAGAUAAACAUCCUAAUGCAUUGAAUUAUAUAGUUAAUGUUAUUACAAGGGAGAGACCAUGAAGGCUUGCAAUGAUCUUGGAUAAAUGAAGUAAUUCAAUUUCAUAUUAUCAUCUCUUAGAGAUUUCCCAUAUGAAAUUAAGUCCAUGAAGAUUCCUUAUGGAACAACUCUUACCAUUUAUGAUCAUCCCAAUUAUGAAGGGGAGAGACACACCUUCUCUAAAAAUGAAGAGUGUUUAGCAAAUGUAAUUGUUCUAACAUAAAUUACAAUUUGAAAUUUAUC